AUGCCUUUCCCGCCUGUGUCGCCGCCGCCCGCCCCGGUCCCCGGGGGCCCCGCCGCGCGCCAGCCCCGGAGGCCCAGCGCGCAGCCCGCGCCCUCGCCGCCCGCCGCCGCUGGGGAGAAGAAGAGGAGGUCCCCCGAGAGGCCCGAGGUGCUUUUCUCCAGCUCCUGGCCCUCCGCCACCCUGAAGAGGCCGCCAGCCCGGCGCGGCCCCGGCCCGGGCAGGACUCAGCCGCCCGCCCCUCCGCGCGCCCCGCCCCAGGCCUCGCCGGGCCGCGCGCGGGCUCCGGCCACGUGCGCCACGCCCCGGCCAGCCGGCUCUGGCCACACCCCGGCGAGGGCCGCCCGCGCGGGGACCUCCGCGGCGAUUGGGGCCACCGCCUCGGGGACCUCGGCGCCCGCAGGGGCCGGGCCGGACGACGCCGUGCGCUUCUCCUUGAGCCUCACCCCCGAGGCUGUCCUGGUCAUCCAGAGGCGCCACCUGGAGAAGCAGCUGCUGGCGCGGCCCCGUAGGCCCUUCCCCUCGCCCUCGGCCGACCCGCGGCGCCUGCUGGCUCCCUGUCCCCUAGCCAGGGCCGCCAGUCCGCGGAGGGGCGGCGCUGCCAGCAGCCGCGACGCAUCCCCGGCCGCCGGCCUUGGCCGCCGACCGUCGCGAUUCCCGCUGCUGCCCGGGGGCCUGCAGGCCCCCGAGCCCGGCCCCCGGCCCGCCGACCUGCGCCCGGUGCUCAAGGUGUCGCUGCUCAACGAGCGGCACAAGUACGACGACGUGGAGUACGAGGAGGAGACCGAGGUCCUAGACGAGGGCCUGGUGCGCAAGUGCACCGAGUGGCUGCGCGGCGUGGAGUCGGCGGCCGCCGCGAGGGACCGGGCCGGACGCCUGGGCGCGCUGCCUCACCUGAGCACGCUGUGAGCCCGGGACACACCGCCCCCACCUCCGGACCCCGCUCCACCCACCUGGGGUCCUCGUGGGAGAUGCGCGUCCCCGUCUGGCCGCGGUCCCUCCUCCUGGGCCCUGUGCGCCGAGGAGGCCCGCGUGGGACGCAGGGAGCCUGUCUUGCCCACCUGCUGCGCGCCGCACGCCCGCCUUUCUCUCUCCCACACCUAUGGUUUCUCCCCGGAAGUCCGCCUCUGAGCGCCCACAGGUGUGCUUGCUUCUCGUGGGGGAGUAAGCAGCUGCGAAAAUGCCUCUCAGCUGCCCACCCCAUUGUGUGUUUCCUCCCAGAGACCCUCUGCCUGGGGCGGGCCUGCCCAGGCGGCAUCUGCACCCCUGCACUGAGCGCAAGUCAUGGUCGCCAGGGUGGCCACCUGCUGCAGGACUGAGACGUGGUGCUACGUUUAUGAUUUUCCCCAAGUCAGAAAAAUGUUGGGGGUAUUGCAAAGCCUAGAAACUCAAAGUUAACCCAAUUUCCAAUAUCCAAAGAGGAGGGGUAAUAAUCACCAGGAACUGGUCGAACCCUGGUCAAAGAGCGCUUCGAUGGAAACACUGCUCUGUUGUUACACAACAGGUGACUCGUCGCCGGUUUGGCUCUGCGUGCUGGGUGCACACACACGCCCGUGCACACUCACACAUACACAUUCACAUGGCCACACACAGGCCCACAAAAACUCACACCCAAGCACUCACACACCCAAGCACUCACACAUGCACACAUACACUCACAAUCACGCACACAUACAUGCACACUCGCAAGUCCUUCCCCAAGCAAUGUUGGGAAUUGUUCUCAACGGCUGGAUUAACGCGGGAGCAGGAGUGAGGGUGGCUUUUGUUAAAAGUCGUCAUCGUUAUUUGAAGUGCUCGCAGAAUAACUUUUGGUAAUGGAAUGGAGAGGGGAAAUGCUCCAACCUGCAACCUGUCCCCCUCCCCCCACCAGCGAUCUACCUGAGAGGAGAGGGGAAGCCCCUGGGGGGGGGUGUUUGUUUUUGGUAUUUUUAAUCACUGUGAAAAUCAGUGAUACGAUGGCUUUGUACAGCUGUAUAUAGUAAUUCAAAUUUUUCUAUUUAUUAUUUGAAUAAUGAAUAAACUCCUCUGCCUUUUAGUAACCAUACCCUCUCCCCACUAACUGGAGGCCGAUUUCUAGGUAUUUCUUCCAUGCAUCUGGGUGUAUUUAACUCUUAAUGAUGAAAGUGAGAUAAAAUGUAAUAAUCAGAUAAGACUGGUUACAGAAGAGUAUUACCUCAAAUUUUGACUUAUUUUGUAAAAGUCAAUGACUAGUUUAAUGUUUAACUUGUUAGACUUUAAUAUGUCAAGUCUUAAUUAUAUUUUAAAUUGAGGCCUUACAUUUUUUAAAAAAAACAAUUUUGUAUUUUUUCUUGUAGAGAUCUUUGCUCUAAUCUCUCCAGUUCUAGACACAAAUUUAGUUGGAUAUGAAACAUUCCAUUCAGCAGGAGCUAGAUCAGCCGCUACAUGAACUGCAGAGACAAAAACCCCACCCACUGCAUAACUUCCUUUUCUGACCCCUAUCUGAGUUGGAAGAUAAUGUUCUCUUUUACUUAAAAUGGAUAUAUUAAUAACAGAGGGGCAGAGUUAGCCCUGCUUGCCAUAGUGGCUGUAAAUGCUCUUGUCCGCACCCCACACUGCACCCCACCCAAGAUAACCCUUGCAGAGCUUGGUCCUGGGCGGGGCACAGGGUCUGCAGGCUGGAGGGCAGGUCAGGAGUGGGUCGACCAUGCCGAAAGGUGGGCAGCGGCACAGCUUGGUCUCAUCUCACUCUUAAUGCAGAUAUCAGAUGCCCAGACUCUGCCCUUGGGAAUGGUAACAACAAAAACAUUUUGAAGACUUUCCUGGUGCCGUCCAAAGGGACAGACAGCAUGAAGCAUCCUUCUGUCUUCCAGGCCUGAGCCUCUGUGGCAGUGCGUGGGUCUGUCUCUGCACCUGUGUGUCUACCCCUGCAUACCUGUUGCUUUGCUGGGAUUCCCUUUCCUCCCCCGUCCUCCCUGUCCUCCAGGUUCCUCACCCCCAUCCCCCUUUCUUAACUCACCACAAUACAAAACUAAGUACAUUUUUCUAAUUUGUGUUUGUUAACUAGAGUUCGUGUGCCUUGCUCUUCAUUUUAAAAGCAGAUGCGUAGGACCUUUAUAUUUCCCUGAUUAGUGAACCUCAAUAAAAAGCAAAAAAAGGUUAUACACAUGACCCACAUCUGUUCAUUGCUGUUAAUGACAUUUUGGAAAGUUUUCUAAGUCACUGUGCUACAAUUUCUUAAUGCUUAAAUAAAAGAGAAGUUCAAUGA